AUGUCGCCGGUGGUUCGUUUCGGGUGGUCCGGCUGCCCGAUCAGGGUGCUCGCCUGGCUCCAGAGCCUACGCGAUGCCUUCCUCCCUCCCCAGCUGAGGCUGCUCGAGCUCCACUUCAAGUUCGUGCACAACCGCGCCCUCCACGCCGCCGCCACCCUCGGCCUCGCUGACGUCGUGCCACCAGAGCCAGACCAACUGUGGCCGACGUCGAGCGAGAUCGCGCAACGGUUGAAGGCCAGUGACGAAGAGUUGGUUUAUCGGUUCCUUCGGCUGCUGUCGUCCAUCGGCGUGUUCGAGGAGCAUGCCGGGCGGCGCUUCGGUCACACGCCCAUGAGCCUCCUGCUCCGCCGAGACCACCCUCAGAGCGUGAGGGCGAGCAUCUUGUGCUUCGGAUUGGCCCAGUACGAGGGGUGGAACGGACUUUCGCACAUGCUUCUCACGGGCGAGACUGCAUUCGAUCACGUCAACGGGGGAAAGACCUGUGGACCUACUACAACGAACCCGAACACCGCAGAGGUCCAUUGCCGCCAUCUCACGUGCACCGAACUGGAGUACUUCCAGAAGAUGCUGGUGCAGACACUCUCCAUCACCACGCCGCCGAUUGUUCAGGACUUCGACUGGCCCGCACUCGUUCAGCAAGUGCAGCGCGAGAAGGGAAGCGAGCAAGUCUCCAUCAUCGAUGUUGGCGGCGGGCUGGGGACUGUGCUUCACUUGCUCUUGGAGAACGUUCCUUCACCGGAGGUGAGCGGGAUUCUGUUCGACCAGGAAUCGGUGAUAGAAAAGGCCAGGACCAAGUGGGCCGACGACCCGCUCCGCAAUCGCACCACGUUCAUCGCGGGGAGCUUCCUGGAUCGCAUCCCCGAGGCCGAUGUCUUCGUGCUGCGCAUGGUGCUGCACGACUGGAACGACAGCAAGGCAGCGCUCAUUCUCAAGAACAUCAGAUACAUGAUGAAGCCCCACAGCAGGGUGGUGGUGAUCGAGAAUGUGAUGCCACCAGAGGGCCAGCACUCCAACCUCAUCCCGCUGAGCGUGGAGGUGCAAGACCUGCACAUGAUGGUCAUGCUCGGCGGCAAGGAGCGCACCGGCCACCAGUUCGAGCAGCUCUUCUCCAGGGCUGGCCUCGCCCUGGCGCGAUCCGUCCCCACGCGUGGCAUCUACCACAUCAUCGAAGGUCGUCUCGCAUGA